AUGCAUGAGGGACUGCAGGUUUUUACGGUUGGUCAUCUGUUGCCCCGGAGUAGCGCGGACGAUCAGAAUGGGAAUUGGAUGUUCAAUGUUACUUCUUCGACGGGCGCUGUGGCUCCGCCUGCAGAAGGUGAAGGUGAAGGCGAGGGAGGGAACGACAAUGACACCGACAACGACAACCUACCAUCGGAACCCGAUCCAUAUUCUGAAGAAGUCGUACGUCCGACGUUGUCUAAUGGACAAUCUCAAUCUUCGACUACGCCUACGACUAUCCGUGUUCGACGGUCUACGUUCGUGCCAGGAUGGGCUGUUCCUCCUAGGGUGCUGCUUGUGGACGACGACGCGGUGAGCAGGAGAUUGAGUAGCAAGUUCCUGCAGGUAUUUGGAUGUAUGAUCGAUGUUGCUGUGGAUGGCGUUGGAGCUGUGAAUAAGAUGAACCUUGAAAAAUAUGAUUUGGUGUUAAUGGCGAGUCCUUUUUUUCUCUGUGACAUUGUGAUGCCCAAAAUGGACGGAGUUAGCGCUACGAAUCUCAUUCGCCAAUUCGACCACAUGACCCCCAUCAUCAGUAUGACGUCUAAUUCAAAACCGAGCGAGAUUAUGACGUAUUAUUCAUCUGGGAUGAAUGAUAUUUUGCCCAAGCCGUUUACGAAGGAGGGGUUGUUGGAUAUGUUAGAGAAGCACCUUAUGCACCUUAAAGUUAUCCAACAAAUGUCGAAAGUACCACGUUCGCUCGGCGUCCCUCCUCUGUCAGACCCAUCUUUUAGCGAAGCACUCGCGGUUGGGGCGUCGCAAUUACAACGACACACUUCAGCGUCCAAUCCCAGUUCCUCAUCUAAUUCAUCCUCCUCUUCUAGUCUGCAUCCGAUGGGAAUGUCGGGGUACGACGAUGAUGGACGGAUUAACCCCUUAGCUGGGAUGGGUCUAUCUGACGAGCGAUACGCAGCGAUUCUCAGAGAUCUCGUUACUCAGGAGAGUUUUUCGGGCGUGGGAGUGCCCGAGGGCUUUUCGUUCGGUCUAGCAGGUGCCUUAGGUUCUGAGAUGGGAGGGGAGAAGCGGGGAUUGGAUGACGAGGGCGAUGGGAGAGAGGGGAAAAGGGGACGGUUUGAGAUCAUUGAGUAA